UUCUAUAAAUAACUGGUUUCAAAAUCAAUUUAAAGGCCGGAUACAAUGGAAGAUAAAUAAUCACAGUCGAUCCUUCAUGUCCCACUAAGCUUUCAUUCAAAUUCAACGGAAGUCACUCAAUCGUGGACAUAAGCAAUUGUCCAUGAGCAUAAUACUAGGUUAAAUGGCGUAAAUUACGAACGGCAAGAACGUAUAAUGAAUAAGCUGUCGAGGGAAAGCACUCAACACCAUUUUUAAACACACAUGCAAGGGCGACCGUAAAAAUUACGUCUGGUACCAUGGGAUUAGUAAAACUUCCGUCAAGUAAGUAAUUUAGUGCUAGUGGGUCUGGGUACUUUAUUACCUCGUUUAUUACCUACCUCGAUAGCGUAAAUAAAAGGUAAUUUAAAACUGCUUUUUUUUCUACAAAUUAAUACAUAUUUUAGGAAAGUUGAGUAUUUGAUUUUAUAAAUUUGAAUCAUUAUUUUAAUGAUACAGGUCCAUUUCGCUGAGCAAACGUUGAUGUCAUGCUAAUUUUGUAAUUUACACUCGUAGGGUUUACUGUGUUUGGUUGGUGUAGUCUGAGUCACAAAACCAAAAUAUAAUAUGUGCCGUCUGCCUUAGAGCGCUAUUAGCCAGGGCGACCAGUUACUCCACCGGUUGCGCAACCGGUGGAGUGACUGGUUACUCGCUGGUUUUCUGUGCCGGUCACCGGUGGAGCAACCAGGAGUGUACUGUGGAAAUUUCCGCUGGAAACAGUCAUCAGUAGCUACAAUGGUGCUGUGUACAGAGGACGUGCUACUACUAGCUCUUCUUAUCAAGAAGAGAAGGAAAAGAGUUAGGAGGUUUCGGAGGCAUCCUAUGCUGAUGACCAGACAUAGUAAAGGACUGUACUAUACGUUAUUUGACGAUCUUUGUGCAAGUGGAAGUAAGUUUUUUAAUUAUUUUCGAAUGUCAAAACCUUCGUUUGAUGAACUGCUGGGACACAUCAAAGAUGAUAUCACUGUGCCAGAAACCCCUCUAAACAAAAGCAUCCCUGCAGAAGAAAAAUUGGCUCUCACAUUGAGAUACUUUGCUACUGGAACAUCAAUGACCGAUCUGCACUUUCAGUACAGAAUAAGCCAGCCUACGAUAUCUGUGAUUGUACGCCAAGUUUGCAAAGCUAUUUGGAACAGAAUGAGACAAAUCUGCUUUCCUACAUUGACAGAAGAAUACUGGCUGAAAACUGCUGCCGAGUUUUAUGAGAAGACGAAUUUCCCUCAUUGUUUGGGAGCGAUUGACGGCAAACAUAUUCGAGUCGUAAAACCGGAAAAAAGUGGAUCUCUCUACUUUAACUACAAGAACUACUUUUCCUUAAUACUGCUUGCUAUGUGUGACGCAUCAUAUAAAUUCAUUUUUAUAGACGUUGGUGCGUAUGGAAAGUCAUCCGAUUCAACUGUGUUUAAGGAGAGUGUUUUUUUUAAAACGCUAACUGGAAACAAGAUGAACAUCCCCCCUCCACAACAAUCAUUCACAGGUUUACCAGAAACUAUGCCACUGUGUUCGUCGGGGACGAAGCAUUUGGCCUUUCAAAGAACUUACUCCGACCUUAUGCAGGAAAAAUGCUCAACGUAAAGAAAAGAGUGUUCAACUAUCGUCUAUGCAGAGCGCGUAGGAACAUUGAGUGUUCAUUUGGCAUACUUGCUAACAAGUGGCGAAUCUUUCACCGGCCCCUAAAUGUCCAUUUGAGUUUGUGUGAAGACAUUGUUAAAGUCUGUUGUUUGCUCCACAACUUCGUCAGGGAAAGAGACGGGUUUAAAAUAGAAGAUACUCUGACAGUUGAAGGCUUGUUCGACCUAGACGCUUCAAGGGAGCAGCCCACAAAGAAGGCUACAAAACUGAGGGAUAAGUUUGCUGACUACUUCAUGAGUGAAAACGGUGCAGUUUCAUGGCAAAUGAACCGUAUUUAAUUGUAUAAAGCUUUAAAGUAUGAACAGAAAAUGGUUUUUAAAAAUGCUUUGAUUGUACAUAAUGU